AUGUGGCUAUUCUUUCUGUUACUAUACUUCGUCAGAAGAGUUCCAAGCAAAAUGUUCACCUACGUCGCUGUUGCUUGCCUGUUAGCUGUGGCUCAUGGAGCCCCAUCCGGAUAUUCAGGUGGAUAUGGAUACUCAUCACCGAUCAUUUACAGUGCACCGGCCAUCUCCACCGCCAAUCUAAUUAAAGCGGCUCCGAUUCCCGUCUACAAGACCAUCUCGACACCAAUCAUUUAUCAGUCAGCCCCCAUUGCUCCCAUCGCUCCCAUCGCUCCCAUAAUUUCCACACCAAUUCUGAAGACUAUUUCAACACCGAUCAUUUCACAAGGAUACAGUCUAGGAGGACACGGGCUUGGAAGCUACAAUCAAGGAGGAUAUGACCUUGGAAGCUACAGUAUCGGCGGAUAUGGACUCGGGUUGGGUAAUGGUGGUCAUUGGGGCAAGUUCUAA